GCUUAUAUCGAAAAUCCCCCUGGAAACAAACACCAACGUUUAUCCGAACCUAAUGGCAGUGGUACCCCGUUUCUUUUGCUGCUUCUUCACUCACCCCAAGAACUCCUGCCGAUCUCCGCCGUCCGAUCAAAUUUCCUUCAAGCCCAAUCUUUCCGAACCCGGGAAGUUGCCUUCUCUUCCAUUUAAAGUCGAAAAUCUUGUUUCGUCAUUUGGAAAUGCUGUACAUGGAGUGUAUGAGAUCCACCAUAUGUUGCCAAAAUCAAAAUGUCAGGGAGACGCAAAGUUGAGAUUCCCGGCAAUGGGACUUCUUCUCGGCAAUUCCUUAAUGUUGACAACACCACUGCAAGCUUUGGCGGAAACGUGUGAAGCUGACAACUCCGGUUUCAGCAUGCCCAUACUGCUAUUUGUAGCCCUUGUAGGGGCCACUGUUGGUGGCUUGGUUGCUCGGCAAAGGAAAGGAGAAUUACAGCGAGUGAAUGAACAGUUGCGUCAAAUUAAUCAAUCUCUAAGAAGGCAAGCUAAGAUUGAAUCGUAUGCUCCUAGCUUGAGUUAUUCACCGAUUGGUGCAAAAAUACUACCAGAGAGUGAGGUGAUAGUUGACCCAAGGAAGCACGAGAUGAUAUCUCGACUGAAGGCUGGGAAGAAUUUUUUAAGAAAUCAAGAAACGGAGAAAGCACUUGACGAAUUUAAGACAGCUCUUGAGCUUGCCCAAAGUAUGAAGGACCCAAUUGAGGAAAAGAAAGCUGCAAGAGGUUUAGGAGCCUCACUGCAAAGAUUGGGUAAGUACCGAGACGCCAUUAAAUACCAUUCUAUGGUUUUGGACAUCUCCGAGCGAGAAGGAGAAGACUCAGGAAACACAGAAGCUUAUGGAGCAAUUGCUGAUUGUUAUACCGAGCUUGGAGAUCUCGAGCGUGCAGGGAAGUUCUACGACAAUUACAUUGCGAGGUUGGAGUCCGACUGAAUCAGCUUCGCCCAAAAGUUCUCUCUAUUAGUUACAGAGUUAUGUUGGCAUAUCACGAGGGGGUGUAGAUGACUUGUCACCGGCGCUAACCUGCAGAUCCCAGAACGUUUUGAUUUGGUUUCGCGGUACAAGUGGUUUAAUACAGAAUGCCUUUGGUUAA